CUGACAACUGACAAAUGACAAUAUAACCUAAGUUUUCAGGAUGUCACGAAAUAAUAUUAAAAUACUUCCAGGCGCUCUUGUCUGUGAAGAAUCCAAACUUAGAGGAGAUAUUACCAUUGGAUCUGGCACAAUAGUCCAUCCGAGUGCUACUAUUAUUGCAGAAGCUGGACCCAUCAUUAUUGGAGAUUGUUGUUUGAUUGAAGAGCAGGUGAAAAUAAUUCAUAGGUUACCUUUCGAUCAGCAAAACAAAGAAAACACCACACCAGUAUUAAUAAUAGGAUCACAUAAUGUAUUUGAAGUGGAUUGUACUGUAGAAUCUCCUAAAAUUGGCAACAAUAAUGUUUUUGAGUCAAAAUGCUUCGUGGGAAAUAAAGUUACUGUGUCCAAUGGUUGUACAAUCGGUGCAGGUUGUAGGAUUACUGAUGAGCAAAUUUUGAAGGAAAAUCUUAUAAUAUUUGGGUCAAAAUGUGAGAUGCGAGAAGGUUUAGAUAGACCAGGGCCUCAAACUUUACAGAUGGAGACACUGUCAAAGAUGAUACCAAAUUACCAUCAUAUCAAGAAACCAAACAAAAAGUUGUAAUAUAUUACAUAACUAUUGCUUUAAAUUAUUUAAAACAUAGACAUACAGUGUAAGCUUUUAACAUUACUUUUUAUAUUAUUUUCUUAAUAUAUAGGAUUAUUUGUU